GGGCGGCGCACCUGGUGUCCCACUGGCUGCCCGAGACCCCAGGAACAAUCUUGGCUGAUCUUGUAGCUGAUUUAUUGUGAUCUUUAAUCGUAAUUCAGCCCAUUUCACUUUUCAUUUGAUGCAGAAAAGGAAGCUUUUCAAUAGAUCGAUGCUACCACAGGCCAGCCUUCAGAGAGAAGCCUGGAAAACUCUUUAAGUUUUAAAAGUUCCCUGUGAUCCAGAGCUAGGAGAAUGUCUAGAAACAUGUGCAGUUCCCGUAGGAAACCCCAGGAGCUCAACACCCCUAUGCAGAAAAGACAGAAGAACACGGGGUGGUUCUGAACCAUGUCUGUGCAAUUCAGAGGGAUGUCUUGUGGACAUCAGAGUGAAAAGACCCAAGGACGACAAGAAGAGUCCCUUUUGGAACCCACACAAUGAUGGAGUGAUGAGAAUCAGUGAAGAGUGUCAGGACCGAGAGCCCAGGACGAACUGAGGCUAUUGAGGACAGCUGAGGACAACAAAGCGUCUUUUCACAUUUGCAUGCCUUGAUGACAGGACGUCCUGAGAAAUGUAAGAGCCCAGUGGGCAAGAGUGCCCAGCCCAGUCACCACUGGAAGCUCUUCAAUCUCAUGGCUCCUCCUGGAGUCAGGGACAGACCCCCUCGCCCCCAAGUCCUGAAGACCCAUGGCUACGGGAGCGUCCUCUUUGCUCAGCCCACCAGGCCCUGCCGAUUACAUGCCAGAGAGGAAAGGGGCUUCUUUGAGCCUUUCGGAGGAAAACAAACCGAGGCUCAGUGACCCCGAGCAGAGCCACAGCCUCAAGCUGGUGCUGGUUGAGAAAACGAACCGCCUGGGCUUAGAGGCCGCUGCCAGCAGGGGGCGCCGCGAUGCAGCGCCGGUGGAGCUGGCCUUGUCCACCGCACUGAACAAGCCCCGACCGGACAAGCCAUGCGCGGGGCAGAGGCAGAGUGCCUUCACGCAGCUGGCACAUCUCCAAGAAAGGCUGGGGGGCAUCUGGGCCCAGGAGAGGGAGCCCAUGGCCCCUCAGACUCCCGUAGGCCAGCUUGACUCCCAAAGGCGGACCCCGGAUGUCCCCAGAACCCCAGCUGGUGGUACAGCGUGGCCUGGCACCCCCCGAGGUGAGCAGAGAAGUGCCUUCCGCAAGCCUGCCAAGCGCCCAGUCGAGCAGCCUGGGUGCCACCCCAUGCGUCCUGCAGAGGGAAAUGCGGAGGGCUCAGGGGAGUUCUCAGGACACCUCAAUACUGUAGACAUCCCAUGCUGGCCUCGACUGUCCACUUCCAAGCUUGUGGGGGAUUUCUGGAACUUGCACAUGCUGUCACAGAACAUUUUACUCUGCAGCUCAUUCCGGGGGGCCCCCAGCCCAUGGCCGGAGCUCGCACAGGUACCCACACCCUCAGUGCCCUCCACCACAGCCUCCCCAGCCCUCCUGCCGCCAACACUCUCUUCUCUGGGCCUGUCCACCCAGAACUGGUGUGCCAAGUGCAGCCUUGCCUUCCGCCUGACGGCUGAUCUGGUCUUCCACAUGCGGUCCCACCACAAAAGGGAAAGCGCAGGCCCGGACCCCCAUUCUAGGAAACGCAGAGCAGAGGCCCUCACCUGCCCCGUUUGCCACGAAUACUUCCGGGAACGCCACCAUCUUUCCAGGCACAUGACUUCUCACAGUUAGUAGGACGCCAAGGAGCACAUCACUGGGCACAGCAUCCGGCAUUCAGUGGUAAGGCAGAGGUCACUCUGGGCCUACAUCGAGGAGGCAGGCUGCGAAAAGUGUCUUCAGAGCUGUUUCUAUUCUCUCCAUCGAUAAACGGCUCUGCUCUAAUCUAAGACACAGCCCAGCCCUUGCGAAGUGGUUUCCUAGGCAAUGACGUCAUGAGUUAGAAGGUUGUGCUUUUCUCAUCUGGGGUUAGCGGGACUCAUAGCCCAGGGAGUGGGGGCUGCUCCUGCCUGUGUCCCUAGUGCUCUGCAUGGAAGUACAUUUGUGCGACAGCGCCUUGGGCUUUGCUAGUGGACAAGCGUGCUUUCCAUCUGGCUCCUUCACCUAUGAGCCAUGACCUUGGGACACUUUCCUUUAACCUGUUGGACCUCAGUUUUCUCAUCUUGAAAAUGGGAUGGUAACACUUGUAUCUGAGGAAUGUGAUCUCAGACACAGGUGUGUGGAAAGGAGCUGGCCCACUGCCUUGGAGAAUGUGAGCACAGGAGGAGGCUCAUGGCCGCUGCUUGCAUUAGCUGCCUUUGUUAUCCGUGAAAUCCCGGGACCAGCCAAGCACAGACAGAUCUGUGACAAGGUGAAGCAUGAACUGGACUUGGCUGGGGUAUAGCUCAGGUUACAGGUUCAUUCGAGGCCACAUUCUUUUUCUAUGGAGUCAAUAGGUCACCCAGAGCCAACUUCUCUUAACAGGAAAGCUAGGAGCACCAAAUUGCAGCCCAAAUGCCUAGGUGCAUCUCGGGCGUCUUCCUGGGUCACAAGUCUGACUUCCCCUGGGACAAGACAAGUCAUAUGUCCAGGCCCAAAAUGACUUAGUAGAAAAGGGGCACACUGGCCUGGCUGAAACUGUGAUCACAGAGUGGGAACCAGCAAUUCAACCUACCUGUUCGGUGGAUCUUCAUGCGGUGAAUAGAUGUGAAAUGGGAAAAUAGAAUAUACACCGUUUCUUCUGGCUGACCUGCAGGGGCUAUUUUAGCUCAGUGUUUAGGAAUUUAAGCUUGCAAAGACUCACAGCUUUCCCAAGACUGCUUACCUGUAACAUGGGCGGAAGAACAAGAGCCGACAACUCUUGGCCCGGCGUACAUGUCCUUUCUAGCCUGCCGUCCACCUGCUCAGUCACGUGGUCAUGGAAUGUCCUAGAAUACUCAAAAAUCGGCACUUAGAAGCUGGUCUGGACUCCCUGCUUUCAAAUUCACCUUGCCACAUUUACACACACAUACAGUCAUUCUUCUUUGAGCACUUUUUACCAUUUUGGACACUAAGUAUUAUGCCAAUUUAUCUUGUUUAUAGUGGCUCUUAAUAGUAGAACGAAAGAACAUUUUGUUGUAUUUUUGUUUGGUUGGUUUCUUUUUUAACUGCUAUUUUAAUUAUUGUCUAGAGCAAUGUGUGCAUACAAUAGGCACUCAGUAGAAAUUUGUUCAAAGAGCAGCUGGAUGAAUAAGUGAAUAAAUGAAUGAAAUGCUU